AUGGGGUCUGAUCCGCAGUACAUCAAGUUCCCCAACCUCUCCCUCGCCCAACAUGUCUUCAACCUCUCCAACCCGGCAUGCGCGUCAUCCGUCCAGCAGUCUUCAUUGAAGAAGCUUCAGGAGGUCAUCGCCGAGCAUAAGAUGGCCCCCCUCUACCGCCAUCUGGCCCACCCCACCGAGGGAAUUCUGAACAACGCCGGCGAAGGCGUCACACAGCACCCACAGAACAGCGGAGCCUCAACGAAGCCGCUCAUCACCUCCAAUCUGCUUGCCUCUCGCAAAACGCCCCAACAGUUCGAUUUCCCCUGGGAUGAGAAGCUGUACCAGUCCCUAGUGGAGGAUAACAAGAAGGAGCUGGAGACCUUCCAGAAGGAGGAGGAUGAGGCGGAAGAAGCUGCUGGUGAGACUGAGGUACAAGCUGCGCGCGGCAAGCGCGCUGAGUUCUGGGCUCGCGUGGGAGACAAGGACAAAGCCAUCGAAUCACACGAAGCCCUCUUGGAAAAGACCGGGUUCCUGGGUACCAAGAUCGACUUGGUGAUGGCCAUGCUCCGCAUUGGACUGUUCUUCGGUGAUCUGUUGUUUGUAAAGAAGACUAUCGAGCGUGCAGAGACCCUGGUCGAGAGCGGUGGAGACUGGGACCGCAGAAACCGUCUCAAGGCUUACAAGGGCCUGCACCUCCUCACCAUCCGCGCCUAUGGCCUCGCCGCUCCUCUCCUCCUCGACAGUCUCUCUACCUUUACAAGUUAUGAAUUGUGCAGCUACUCUUCGUUGGUGAUCUACUCGGUGCUUGCGGGAUCUUUAGCCCUCAAGCGGGUGGACUUCAAGGCGAAGGUGGUUGACGCACCAGAGAUCAAGGCCAUUUUGGGCUCUGCGGAGGAUCAACUGGCUGCCCUCAGUGGAGAAGUCUCUGCGGGUGCCGGCGCCCGGGACGAGGAGAUGAAGGACGCGACAGCCUCUCUGACCACCCCGGCUGGUGCUACUACCGCCGUAAACCUGACCUCAUUCUCCACUGGAUCCAGUGCACCAGUGGACUCCGAGGUCCCGGUGGACUUCUCCCCGCUCGCCAACUUGGUGAACAGCUUGUACAAUGGCAACUACCGCUCCUUCUUUGUGGCUCUCGCCGCCGUGGAAGACCAAUUCCUCACACAAGACCGAUACUUACACGAGCACCGCGCAUGGUUCGUCCGUGAAAUGCGUCUGCGCGCCUAUCAACAACUUCUGCAGAGUUACCGCGUGGUUGGACUGACGGGUAUGGCCAACGACUUCGGUGUGACGGUCGACUACCUGGACCGUGACCUUGCCAAGUUCAUCUCUAACAACCGUAUUGCUUGCACCAUCGACCGUGUCAACGGCAUCAUCGAGACAAAUCGCCCCGAUGACAAGAACAAGCAGUAUGCCGAUGUGGUGAAGCAUGGUGAUUCCCUGAUCACCAAGAUCCAGAAGUACGGCCAAGCUGUGCGUCUUCGGGGCAGUGAGCGCAGCUAA